AUGGUGCUGUUGAGCCCCUCAGUCGGUGCCUUGAGGAGGUUGUUGAAAAUCUGUGAGCAAUAUGCGGUGGCCCAUGGACUCAGGUAUAAUGCUAAGAUAAGUGAGCUGCUAGUUUUCAAGGCGGGCACGAAAACAUAUAACACUGUUCCACCUAUCACACUAGAUGGUGCUUCUCUUAAGCAAGUGAAGCAGUUUAAAUACCUGGGUCACUGGGUGACCGAUGCGCUCACAGAUAACUUAGAGCUGGAUAGGGAGCGCAGGGCAUUGACGGUAAGGUGCAAUAUGUUGGCUCGCAGGUUUGCACGGUAUACGAAUGACGUUAAAUUAACUCUUUUUAAGGCCUACUGCCAGACACUGUACACCUGCGGCCUGUGGGUUAAUUAUAUGCAGAAAUCCUUCAAUGCCCUGAAGGUCCAGUAUAACAGCACCUUCAGAAUGCUGUUGCGGCUGCCCCCGUUCUGUAGUGCGUCCGGCAUGUUUGCGGAAGCGCGUACCGACGGUUUUGAUGCAGUAGUUCGGAAACGCGUUUCGUCGACCAUGAGCAGGAUGCGUGGCAGCGAUAACAGCCUUCUGAACACCAUAUCGGAGGAUGUAGCGUGUCCGAUACUGUGCCACUGGACCAGAACUCAUGUCACCAAGAAGGGCUGGUGA